GAAAACCAAAAUUGAACCCUAUGAGUCUAUGACUGCAUCCCACAUUUUCACGUCUUCUAUUUCUCACUCUCACGAACAAAGCUAGCUCAAAGUUUGUUGUCGAUGAUGGCCAUACUCGCUUUAACAUUUUAGAGACUAAGCUCAGGAACCGUCUUUAAACUGAGACCAGGUGAUGGAUACUGGAGGAAAUUCCUUACCGUCUGGACCAGAUGGGAAGAAGCGAAAAGUGAGUUACUUCUAUGACCCAGAAGUUGGGAAUUAUUAUUAUGGGCAAGGCCACCCAAUGAAGCCACACAGAAUUCGGAUGACACAUGCUCUUCUUGCACAUUAUGGACUUCUACAGCAUAUGCAUGUCCUCAAGCCUAAUCCUGCAAGAGAUAAGGACCUUUGCAGGUUUCAUGCUGAUGACUAUGUUACUUUCUUGAGAAGCAUAACUCCAGAAACACAGCAAGAUAAUCUGAGGCAGUUGAAGCGAUUUAAUGUUGGUGAGGACUGCCCUGUUUUUGAUGGUCUCUACUCUUUCUGUCAAACUUAUGCAGGAGGUUCUGUUGGUGGGGCUGUGAAAUUAAACCAUGGACAUUGUGAUAUUGCUAUAAACUGGGCUGGUGGAUUGCAUCAUGCCAAGAAAUGCGAAGCUUCUGGUUUUUGCUAUGUGAAUGACAUAGUGCUUGCCAUAUUAGAGCUCCUCAAAGUGCAUGAGCGGGUUCUCUAUGUAGACAUUGACAUACAUCAUGGUGAUGGGGUUGAAGAGGCCUUCUAUACCACAGACAGGGUCAUGACAGUUUCAUUUCAUAAAUUUGGAGAUUAUUUCCCUGGUACUGGGGAUAUACGUGACAUUGGAUUUGGGAAGGGGAAAUAUUACUCUCUUAAUGUUCCACUAGAUGAUGGAAUUGAUGAUGAAAGCUAUCAGAUGUUGUUUAAGCCAAUAAUGGGUAAAGUGAUGGAAAUAUUUAAGCCUGGUGCAGUGGUGUUGCAAUGUGGUGCUGAUUCUUUGUCAGGAGAUAGAUUGGGCUGCUUUAAUCUCUCAAUUAAAGGGCAUGCGGAAUGUGUCAGAUAUAUGAGGUCUUUUAACGUGCCAUUGUUAUUGCUGGGUGGAGGAGGCUACACAAUUCGUAAUGUGGCUCGUUGCUGGUGCUAUGAAACGGGAGUUGCGCUUGGCAUGGAGCUUGACGACAAGAUGCCACAGCAUGAAUACUAUGAGUACUUUGGUCCAGAUUAUACUCUUCAUGUUGCCCCCAGCAACAUGGAGAACAAAAAUUCCCGUCCGGUGGUGGAAGAAAUAAGAUCAAAGCUUCUUGAUUAUCUCUCGAAACUUCAGCAUGCACCAAGUGUGCAGUUCCAGGAGAGGCCACCAGAUACUGAACUCCCAGAGGCAAAUGAUGAUCAAGAUGGUGAAGAUGAGAGGUGGGGUCGUGGUUCAGAUUUAAAUGAUGACGAGCGUAAACCUCUACCUGGACGAGUGAAGAGGGAGAUUAUUGAACCUGAAGCCAAGGACAUGGACGAAAUGAAAAUUGAUGAACGCCCAAGAGAAGCAGAGUUGGCAUUAGAACCAAACAUGAAGGGAUCAAGUUCAGCAAUGGCGGAAGAUCACCAAAUGGCGGGGAACUCAAGCAAGCCAUUUAGUCAACCAAUGGAUAUGAAUUUGUGAGUCAAACCUAGUAGACCCCUACCUUCCCAGAACACAGUAUGAUGUGCAAAUCAUAUUGUGGUUCAAUCAAUUCCUCUAAACUGUCACUUCAGGUAUUGAAUGGAGAAGCUGUUCUUGUCAUGUCUAUACUCUAUAUGCAUGUGUUCAUGCUCUAUAACUCUUCGGGGGAGAAUCUGGUUUUAACUAACAAUUUUCCCUCGAGUGUAUAAAGGCAGUUGAAACACUGAUUCAUCCUUGUAGAUCGAGAGUCAACAAUUGUUGUAUUCAUCAGUGUUGAGUUCGAAUCUAAUCCCAUAUCUCCUUUUACUUGGAUAUUCUAAUGUACCCUAUAUUUGCAGCAGCAAGUUCUCUAUUACUCAGUAUUUAUUUUUAUUUUGGAAAA